AUAAUAGUUACAAUUGAAGAGUCACUCAAUUUUCCUAACCUAGAUGAGGGACCCAAUGAGAGGACAACAUUUGAACAUUCAGAUUAUGUUCUUGUCACUGAUGUGAGGAGUAAAGUGAGGACAACAGGCGUUGCUUAUGCUCAAAACAUGCAAGUUACCUUUAUGUAG